AUGGCCAUGAAAAGAAUCAACAAGGAGCUCGCCGACCUCGGCCGUGAUCCUCCCUCGUCCUGCUCCGCCGGUCCCACCGGCGACAACAUGUUCCAGUGGCAAGCAACCAUCAUGGGCCCCGGCGACUCGCCGUAUGCGGGCGGUGUCUUCUUCCUCUCCAUCACCUUCCCCACCGACUACCCCUUCAAGCCCCCCAAGGUCUCCUUCUCCACCAAGAUUUACCACCCCAACAUCAACAGCAACGGCAGCAUCUGCCUCGACAUUCUCAGGGACCAGUGGAGCCCAGCCCUCACCAUCUCCAAGGUGCUUCUCUCCAUCUGCUCCAUGCUCACCGACCCAAAUCCCGACGACCCGCUCGUGCCAGAGAUUGCCAACCUCUACAAGACGGACCGCCAGCGAUACGAGAGCACCGCUCAUACGCCAUGUAAAGUCGUCUUCGGCUCCAAUACAGCUGGUUCCACUCCCGUCCGCGCCUGA